ACACACACACACACACACAUAUAUAUAUAUAUAUAUAUAUAUAUACACUCAUAUAUAUAUAUAUAUAUAUAUAUAUAACAGCAGUCGUACACAUCAGCAUACAUACACACACACACACACAUAUAUGCACACAUAUAUACACACCUUCCAAAUCUGUUACUUCACAAAUAAUUAUUGAAACAUUCUUUACAACAACGAACAACAACAAAAACCGUAUAACAACAACAAACAAAGCAGCAACAACCACCACAAGAACAACAAUAACUACAGGAACAAGGAGAAGUCGACUCAGAAAGGUGACGACACAUCGACCUCACAACACUGUUUUGAACACGCCGACCUCACAACCGAAACUAUUUGGUUGUUAGUCAAAAGGAGUUUCAAAGUGUUUCAUCAAUAUCACAGUUGUUCUUUUUGUUACUGUUAUAUUUCUUGUUGUUGUUGUUGUGCUGGUGGUGGAGACGGUGCUACUGCUGGAAGUGUGGAAGAGGAGGCUUUCAUUCGGAGGAUACAUAUAUAUAUUAUCAUUAUUAUUUUUUUGAGGGAUUUAUUGUUUUUCUCUGAACACCCCCACACACAUAUAAAUGGCUAUGGUUCUACAAAGGUUGUGGUGCUGCAGAUUGAUGAGAGCGCCGGAAAGAGCUGUUAAGUCUGGAUACCUGUGUUUUGCUCCCCACACUGAUACUUCCCACCUCGAACAGAGAAGGAGAGGGGAAGGAGAAGGAGAAGAAGAAUUAGAUGGAGGCCCUGUUGAUGAUGGAGGAGGAGGAGGUGGUGGUGGUGGUGGUGGUGGUGGUGGAAGAAGAGGAGCAGGAGAAGUAGUAAGAGAAAGAGAAGGAGGACGAGGAGGAGAUGACGAAGGAGAAAGAAUCGUAUGGCAAGAAGAAGAGGAGGAAGAGGAUGAGGAAGAGGUGGAGGAGCAGGAGGAAGAGGUAGAGGAGCCGGAGGAAGAAGAUGAAGAAGAAGAAGAAGAAAGAGAAGAAGAGGCAGAAGAGGAGGCAGGUGAAGAUGAAGCCGAAGAGAAGAAAGUUGAGGUUAAAGAAUCACUCCAAACAAAAGACAGCAUGCAGACAAAGCAAACGGAAAGCAUUCUCCAAAAGUAUUCAGAAUCACAAAUUAAAGAACUUAAGGAAUCAUUCCGACUCUUUGAUAAAGAUGGCGACGGUUCCAUUUCAACGGAUGAAUUACGAAAGGUUCUUCGAGAUUUGGGACAAUACCCUUCGGUCGAUGAAAUACGACAGAUGGUGCAGGAGAUCGAUAUUGACGGUGAUGGCAGGUUCUCGUUUGAAGAAUUUAUUCAGUUCAUGGAGAAUAUGGGUGGAAUCACAGAAAACAAGGAAGGAGAUGACGACGAAGAACUACGACAAGCGUUUAAGAUGUUUGAUAAAAGUGGUACCGGAUACAUCUGUGCAUCAGACUUACGGGUUGUGAUACAGUGUUUGGGGGAAGACUUAACAGAAGAAGAAAUUGACGAAAUGAUCGCCGAAGUGGACAUCGAUGGUGAUGGACGAAUCGAUUUUGAAGAAUUCCUAGCCUGUAUGUGUGAAGACAAAGCUGGUGCUAAUAAAGAAUAAUGGCAACCUGGAAUCAAACCCCAAACUGCUGCCCCCUUUUAAAACCUCUAUCUGUGAUCUCAUUCUACAAAAAAAUAUUUCCCCCUUUUUUAAAAUCUUUUCUUGAUUUAUUACAUAAUGACUGUUAUUAACAAACACUGGAAAGAUUAUUAUUACUUUUAUUAUUAUUAUUAUUAUUAUUAUUAUUAUUAUUAUUAUUAUUAUUAUUAUUAUUAUUAUUAUUAUUAUUAUCAUUAAAGAUUUUCUGUCCACGC